CACAUGGCAAACACAAAAUCAAGCUAAGAGUAUUUUCGUCUAUUCGUAAUUCCAACCAAUCUAAAGACAAGCGUGACGCAGCAGCCUCACAGCCAGGUAAUCCUAGUUGUGUGGGCCACCAUUUCUUUUCCUUCAAGAAAGAAAUCAGGCACGGACAGCCGACUUGCGGAUGACUCCGUCAGUGGUCCAUAUUAACGACGUCGUUUUCAAAGCACAGUUCUUCGUUUUCGCGAGUUAGGGUUUCUUCGAACCACAUCGGUGUGGCAUCAGAGUCCCAUCUCAUGAAAAUCGUAUCCAAUCCGCCUUUUCGGUCUUCAGAGGAAAGCUAUUUUCAAAUGUAGAAGAGACUUACUCCUAAAGGUAAUGGGAGAUAAAUGGGUAAUAUUUCCUCAAGCUAAGCAGGAGGGUAUCCAUUUUUGAAGGAGAUCUUCUGUGGGAAUCAUUUUUCCUUGAAGGGAUUGGAGCCAAGAGAGAUUGAAUUCUGAAUAUGGUGAGCAACUUCGUUUCCAACUGUAGAGUGACCAAGGAAACUGCUCUUCGUAUGGACUAUAUUGUGGUAAGGGAGAAGAUGAACAUGUACAGAAUGACAACUGAUUGUCAGGCCUUGGGGUAUUCAAUUAUCUUCGGCAUUGUGGUUUCUCUGAGAAUAGGUACCUGACUUUAGGAUUGUACAUUACAUUAGAUUUGAACUCGGGACUAAAUCUGUGCAUAGGGAUUCCUUAUAUACAUUGUAGAAAUGGAAGCGAAGUUUGAAAAGGUAUUGGAUACUAAUAGAAGACUUGUGGUCGGCUUGAAGAGGAAGCGGGUGGCUCAGUAUGCAGCAAGCUGGUCCCCCAUGCAUAAAAAUAAGCUCCGCAAGCAGAGAAAAUCAGAUGGGUGCAGAAUGAAUUCUGGGUCAAAUUUUGGAAAAACUUUACUUAAAUAUUAUUCAAAUUUUAUGAAAACUGAAUUGCCACAACGCAUAAUGUUUUAUUUGAAUGGUGAAUGGACUGAUUUCCCUGAAGAUCUUGUUGGCUUGGUGAAGAAAGAUUUUCAGGUAAAGAAGUCAUAUAUUGAGGUUGAGCUCAACAACAAUCACUUUAUGAUAGACUUUUUGCACAUGAAGCGAGUUGAUCUGAAGACAGGUAUGGAGAAACCAAUUGCUUGGAUUGAUGAAGCUGGUAACUGCUUCUUUCCAGAAAUUUUCUCUGGUGAUGCUGAAUCCCAUAACUGCUGUGGACAUGAAUGUGGCCAACAGCUUUUAUUUAGGGAGCCUUAUGGUUCCCAUGAUAUCAAACUGCAACUUGAGAUUGAUGUAAAUGACGCGGGUCACACCAACUUAAAGGAAUGUAGUGGAGAGUCAAAUCCUGUUAUUAAGCAUGUUCUCAUUGAUAAAAAUCCUGCUAGUGAUCAGAAUGACGUAGAAGUUGAGGAUAGUUGCAACAAAACAUCUGAUGCCAAAAUGGAUAAGGCUGUGGGAGAAAAUCAACAGAUGGAGGGAAAAUUAGUCACCAGGAUUGAAUCUGUGCAUGGAACUUUGAAGUUUGAUACUGUGCGGGAUAUGUUUAUUAGCAGCAUGAGCCCAUUUAUUAGUGCAAGUAUACUUGAGGUAUACCAGGGCUCAAGUUCUUCAAUGCAAGCUCGACUAGAGCUCUUUCAGAAGCAGGUUGAGAUCACCAGUAAGUAUCGCACUGAGGCAAAUGUUAGAUAUGCUUGGCUUGCUUCCUCUAAAGAAGCACUGUCUAGUAUCAUGAUGUAUGGGCUUGGGCACUAUGGAACAUCCCAAGAGAAGCUCACAUAUGGUAUUGGUGUUCAUCUCACAGCUGUGAACUUCCCGUACAUCAGUGCAAAUUAUUGUGAUGUUGACGAAAAUGGUGUACAACACGUCGUAUUAUGUCGUGUUAUACUGGGAAAUAUGGAGCUUGUUCAUCUUGGAUCCAAACAAUGUUACCCCAGUUGUGAGGAUUUUGACAGUGGAGUUGAUGAUCUUCAAAAUCCGAGACAUUAUAUAGUCUGGAAUAUGAAUAUGAACACACACAUCUAUCCAGAAUUUGUUGUUAGUUUCAAGGUUUCUUCUAGUUCCAGUGCCGAAGGAUAUCUAGUUGAAAAUGGGAGAAAGGAUGAUGUUUCAGGGUUUUCUCCUCCUCAAAGGCAGCCCGAAGGCCAGUUGCAGUUAGCCUCACAUCAUCCGGUUGGUUUGGGACCCCACUGCCCUCAAACUCCAGGUUUAGAGGGAUCUCUUGGAAAAGCUGCUACUUUUGGUUCAAGCACUGUAAAGGUUCCCAAAUCCCCUUGGAUGCCUUUCCCUAUGUUGUUUGCAGCUAUCUCAAAGAAGGUUCCUCUGAAAGAUAUGCAACUAGUUAAUGCUCAAUAUGAACAAUUUAGGACGAAAAAGAUAAAUCGGGCUGAUUUUGUUAAAAAGUUGAGAAUGAUAGUUGGAGACACUUUGUUGAGGUCCACAAUAACACAUCUUCAGUGCAAGUGCCAUAUUGAAGCCUUCAUGCUAUGGGUACUAUGGGCACAAUUCCUUCAUAUGAGUAUGAUUUUAGCUAUAACAUGUUGCAGUGGUUUAUAUGCCCAUUGAUUAGAUGGUUGUGUGCAUAAAAUAAUUUGUGCUUACCAAAGAGCUGCUGCCAAAGCUUAUUGGGUUUUCUCUUCACACAGUUUUUCCUUCCAUUCAAGUCAUUUCUUCCCAGUUUAGGUCCUUGGAUCUUGUCUUCUUUCGCUCUUUCCUUCUAUCUUUUUCUUUCUUUCUUUCCAUUUUAUUUUUCUUUCUUUCUCUGUGGGCAAGAUGUUCUUUGUUUUUGAUUGAAGUGUAUAUUGUGCAUCUGGAAUGGUAACAAGGUAAAUUGUUUGAGCAGAAACUGAGGGGAAACUCAAAAUUAUAUACAAAACUUAUAAGCAAGUACUGAUGAUGCCAGGAUUUCAAAAAUAAAUAAAUUGUGAACUUUUGGUGAGGAUUGCUACUUGAAAAUUCUCCAUCAUUGAUACUUAAUGCCUGAGGUGGCCUUGGUUACUUCCAAGCAAAGCAAUCCUUGGAAAUGAUUCCAAACAGGAUUAUUGGAGUAGUAAUACCUAUUCAAACUGGAGCAUUGAUUCUGGGAACCAUUUCCAGGUUCCACCUAUCAACUUGGGGUGCCAUUUGUUUUAAUCUUUUGGACUAUAUGUGAAAUCUGCUGGAUUUUUCCUUCGUCUGUACAAAUCAUUUUGUCUAUGUUUUGUAGGUUCCAUCAAAAUCUCAGGGCGAUGCAAAAGUGCCAAAGCAGGAGCCUGAAACAUGUGAGGGCCUCUACUGACCACAUUACAUCUCUGCUUUUGAAUAUGGUAUGUUGGUUGGUCUACUGGCCGUGGAGUUACUAUACAUUUGAAGACAAGACCAUUAAAUUCUUGUUUUCUAGAAAUGAGCCGACAUAAAUUUGUGAAUAUAAUAGGCCUUGUUCAAGGGUCGUAGGUUUUAUGUUUAUGGAAACUACCACUAGUUUUUUAUUCAGAGUGAAGGUUUAUCUAUGACUUGCUGAACUGGAACAUGGUAACGAGCAUAAUUAGUGGAGCUUCCUUUUGUUGUGGCUGAUUAAUGGAACCAUAUUGGUGUUUGACAA